GCCAGCGGGCGGGCGGGCUGCUGGGGCGGGGAGGUGGGACCCGGAGAGGGGUGGCCGCGGGGCCCGGCCGGGCUGGGGCGGGGGGCCGCAGCCAUGAUCCGGGCCUUCUCGUUCCCGGUGAGCCCCGAGCGGGGCCGGCUGCGGGGCUGGCUGGAGGGCAGCCUGGCCGGGCUCUGCGAGUUGCACUGGCUGCGGGAGCGGCAGGAGUACCGCGUGCAGCAGGCGCUGCGGCUGGCCCAGCCCGGAGCGGGGGGCGCCGAGGCCGAGGACGAGGAGGACGGCGACGAGGACGAGGAUGCGGCGGCGGCGCGCCGGGCCGCGGCCGCCCUGGAGGAGCAGCUGGAAGCCCUGCCUGGGCUCAUCUGGGGCUUGGAGCAGCAGCUGGGGGACCUGAGCCUGGAGUCGGGGGGCCUGGACCAGGAGAGUGGGCGCAGCUCCGGCUGCUAUGAAGACCCCAGCUCCACGGGCGGCAUGGACUCCCCGCCCUCCACCUACUGCGGAGACAGCGGCUUCUCCGGCUCCGGCUCCUAUGGACGCCUGGGUCCCUCCGAACCCCGAGGCAUCUACGCAAGUGAGAGGCCCAAGUCCCUAGGAGACGCCUGUCCCAGCGCGCCCGAGGUGGUCAGCACCCGCCCAGCCGUGCCACGGUCCUUCUCGGCGCCCUAUCCGACAGGCGCGGGCCCUGAGGGCUGCUCGUCCGCAGAGCGGCGGACCCGCGCCGGACCCUUCCUCACGCCCAGCCCCCUGCACGCCGUGGCACUGCGGAGCCCGCGGCCCUGCGGCCGGGUCCCGGGGGACUCGAGCGACGCGGCGGCGGGCGCGGGGCGGCCCCUAGACGGCUACAUCUCGGCGCUCCUGCGCAGGCGCCGCCGCCGGGGGGCGGGCCAGCCCCGGACCAGCCCCGGGGGCGCGGACGGGGCCCCGCGGCGCCAGAACAGCGUGCGCCAGCGGCCCCCCGACGCGUCCCCGCCCCCCGGCGGCGCGCGGCCCGCGCCCGAGCUGCCCGGGGAGCGCCCCGGGGGCCGCCCCGCCAGCCCGGCCGCCCUGGGUCGCGCCUGGGCCUCGCAGUGGGAGUCGGAGGUGGCCCCCGAGCCCCCAGCGCCGCCCGCCGCGCCCGAGCCCCCGGACAGCCCGGCCGAGGGCCGCCUGGUGAAGGCGCAGUACAUCCCCGGCGCGCAGGCGGCCACCCGCGGCCUCCCGGGGCGCGCUGCCCGCCGCAAGGCGCCGCCGCUGACCCGCGGCCGCAGCGUGGAGCAGUCGCCGCCCCGGGAGCGUCCCCGGGCCGCGGGCCGUCGCGGACGCCUGGCCGAGGCGUCGGGCCGCCGGGGGUCGCCCCGGGCCCGCAAGGCGGCGCGCUCGCAGUCGGAGACCAGCCUGCUGGGCCGCGCGGCCGCCGCGCCCCCGGUGCCCCCCAAGUACCCGACGGCCGAGCGCGAGGAGCCGCGGCCGCCCCGGCCCCGCCGCGGGCCCGCGCCCACCUUGGCGGCCCAGGCCGCGGGCUCGUGCCGCCGCUGGCGCUCCACCGCCGAGAUCGACGCGGCCGACGGCCGCCGCGGCCGGCCCCGCGCCCCGUCGGCGCGAGGCCCCGGGCCUGGCCCGUCCCCGUCGGUGCCGCCGCGGCGGCUGCUCUACGGCUGCGCGGGCAGCGACUCCGAGUGCUCGACCGGCCGCCUCGGGCCGCUGGGCCGCCGGGGACCUGCGGGCGGCGGCGCCGACGGCGAGAGCGAGUCGAGCGCCAGCGAUGGGGAGUCGCCCGCCUUCAGCUCGGCGGCGUCCAGCGACUCAGACGGCAGCGGGGGCCUGGUGUGGCCGCAGCAGCUGGUGGCCGCCACCGCCGCCGCCGCCGCCGGCCCCGGGGCCGCCGCUGGUGGAGGGGCGCCCGCGGGCCCCGCCAAGGUCUUUGUGAAGAUCAAGGCGUCCCACGCGCUCAAGAAAAAGAUUCUGCGAUUCCGGUCGGGGUCGCUCAAGGUCAUGACCACCGUGUGAGUUCGGGGUUGGCUUAGGGUCCCCUUUCAUGGCCUCUGUGCCCCUACCCGGCACCAUCACACACACAGCCCCCGCCACUGGCCCUCCCACCUCUCCCUUCCAAAGACCAUGAUUUCAGCUUCCAAAGACCCUUCCUCACUCCCUGCCUUGCCAGAGUCCGAUGAGAAGUUCCCUGCCCGGCCCCCACCGUGCGACCCCCACUGGACUAGGAGCCCCGCCCCAACCCUUCUCCAGUUCUGUUCAGCUGCUGGUUCUGUACCCUGGCAAGAAAGUUCCCCAUUCCUAGGCCUCACUUUGCUCAUCUGUCCCUAUGGGUGCACUUUGGUAUGCAGCAGGUGGCAUUCCGUGGAGAGAUCCCCAUUUUAGUUUAGAGCACAGUUUGUCCCUUCUCACAGUGAGGUCUCUGAGUCCUUUCCAUGCCCAGGUAUGCCCCCCCCAUUCACAAGUGCCCCCCGCCAUGUCCCUGGACCCCUCUGACAUCCCCUUGGCACUCCAUUGGCAACUCUGAGUCCCACCCAGUUGGUGCCUAGAGGGCCCUGAGGAGGGAAGGAGCCCAACAUUGGGGUUUUGAGGGUCAAGUAGGAGUUGGCAACACCUGAAAAGAAAGCCACUUGCCUCUCCUGGACAAUCUUGCAGCAUUGGGGAGGUGGAAAUGGGAAAGGAAGAUGGUUUCUAUCUCGUGCCUCCCCACAGCCCUUGUGAGAGGGAGUUUGGGGCAGCCCAGGGUGUGGCCCUCAGCUGUUUCGAUCCAGUUGUUUUAUUUUUAAACUUACUGUAUUUAUUACGACGAUGAUGACUCCCCCGUGCACAGGGGGGCCAGAUUCUGUGUGUUUCUCUAACCUCUUUGUAAAUAAAUUCACAAUCUUACAUAGUU